CUAGAUGCUCCUUCGGUUGGCUCAUCAGGUUUAACGUCGCAGCAUCCUAACGGUGGUGGAUCCAAUUCUUCACUCAAUCAUCCUCGAUUUUACACGAGUUUGGCCAAUCGCUAUCGCAAGUCUUCCAGUCCAGCGCGCCAAUGGCUCAACGGUGCUGGAAACUAUGCAACAACCGGAAGAACGUCCCGAUUUCCCAAUGCCAAACCCGGCACGGGACAUAUCCUAGGAGGCAAUAGCAACCUGCUGAAGAAUUUGCGAACUACCGAACUACGGAGAAGUUCUGCAGCCGGUCUCAACGCCAGCUCACAACGACCACCUCUUCCACCGAAAAUGGAAACACGCUGUCGUAGUUACGAAGGACUACUGGACGGGAACAAGAAAGGAACUACCGAAGGACAGGACCGUGUAGACGCAAGUGCUUCUCAAUCGAAAUCCGUCGAAAACACGCCGGAACCUACCAAACCAACCGAAGAAUCAAUCAAAGCCAAAAAUCGACGAUCUCGCAGUAUGGACGAUUUGUUUGACGAUGACGAUCACAGUCCGACAAACUUUCUCGAAAGUACUCAAAGUAUGGAAAAUUUAGUCUCAAGCGAAGAAGCUCCGGCCCAACCGGAAACACCGGUCAAACAUAUGGGAAAUAUCUGUCUAAACCGUCGCUUCGUAGAACCAUCUAACGAAACUGACGAGAACAAAACUUCUACUCGUGCCUCGGAUACGGCCUCACCCGAUUCCUGUUGCGAACAACCCUGUGAAAACGAAACCAUCACAGUCGACCACACACCUCGCCAAAGUUCGAGCGAACCAGAGGCAAACGAGAAAAUGUCACCCGCAGAAGACGACUCUAGAUCAACUACGUCCUCGCUGAAUUCAUACGCUUCUGCCAGCGAUGGAGGAAGCAAGAAACAAAACACAAACACAUCACCCUUCAUUAACAAGUACAUGAAAAAAGUGAAAUCACUAAUGAAAAAGUAACGUCUUCUUCGGCAUCCUCGAAUACGCCAACUAACAUCACUGCUUUACCGGUGCUUCUGUCGGCACUCUUUGUUAGGAACAGAAAUGCUAAAGAGUAACUAGUUUCUAUCGGAAACUUUAAACGAAUGUGAUCUUUCAGAAACACUACUUGUUAGGAUAUAUGAAUGUAUAUAUUUUUUUUACGAUCCAACUACAUUAAGAGUAACGCUCUUCAAAAGUUGUGUCCAGUAUUUUAACAUACAACUUUACUAUUCGUUAUGUUACACAAAAUAUGUUAUUGUACCUGUAAAUGUUGGAAUUUCUGUUUUCACAAAAUGCUUUAAAAUACAAAAACAUUAGAUGAAAAGUCUCAUUAUAAUUUGAAAAAAAAAUUAAUAAAUCGUUUGAAUUGCGUCAAUGUGAUCCGCUCGCAUUCAUGCGAAGAUAGAAAUGUGUAAAAUAUAUUAUUUCAACUUAAACAUUAAGCCGUAGAAUCAUAACCUGCUAUAGUAUUUAUUUGGAAAGCAAAAUCUAUCACUAUAUGUGUAAAGUGAAAUAAAAAAUGCCGACACAAACUACAAAACAAGCAGCACAAGUUCCAAACACAGGGAAGACAUAAACUCACAAUUUUGAAAUUCGGCACUUCUGCUACUCUAGACCGUAAGAUUUUUAUUUCUGCUACAAACUAAGUAGGUAUUAACGUAACACUUAGGGUUUAUUUACCUAAAUAUGCAUGCAAACUAAACGAAACCUUUCUGCGUUAGAAUCGGCGAUCCAUGAUCGAGUGCUGUAAAUGAACAUGUAUUUCACAGAAUUUAAGUCAUUUUAACAAAUAAUUUAAAAGGAAUAAAAAUAAAACAAAACUUCAAAAA